GGGCGGUGACGCGCCGGCCUCGCGCAUGCGCAGCGCGGGAGACCUUGGCUGGCCGGCCGUCGCUCCGCGGAGGUGAACGCUCGUCGCCAGGGUCGGCACUGCGGGACGACGAUGCAGAGCUGGAGCCGUGUGUGCUGCUCCUGGGCCAAGAGAGGCCAUUUCAAUCGGGUAUCUCCUGGCCUACAAGGAGUUUCUUCAGUGCCUUUAAGAACUUAUGCAGACCAACCAAUUGAUGCUGAUGUGACAGUGAUUGGUUCUGGCCCAGGAGGAUAUGUUGCUGCUAUCAAAGCUGCCCAAUUAGGCUUUAAGACAGUCUGCAUUGAGAAGAAUGAAACACUAGGUGGAACAUGUUUGAAUGUGGGUUGUAUUCCUUCAAAGGCUUUAUUGAAUAACUCUCAUUAUUACCAUCUGGCCCAUGGAAAAGAUUUUGCAUCUAGGGGAAUUGAACUGUCAGAAGUUCGCUUGAAUUUAGAGAAGAUGAUGGAGCAGAAGAGUUCUGCAGUAAAAGCGUUGACAGGGGGAAUUGCCCACUUAUUCAAACAAAAUAAGGUUGUUCAUGUCAAUGGAUUUGGAAAGAUAACUGGCAAGAAUCAGGUCACAGCUACAAAAGCCGAUGGAAGCUCUCAGGUUAUUGGUACAAAAAACAUCCUUAUAGCCACGGGUUCAGAGGUCACUCCUUUUCCUGGAAUCACGAUUGAUGAAGAUACUAUAGUGUCAUCUACAGGAGCUUUAUCUUUAAAAAAAGUUCCAGAGAAGUUAGUUGUUAUUGGCGCAGGAGUAAUUGGUGUAGAAUUGGGUUCAGUUUGGCAAAGACUUGGUGCAGAAGUGACUGCAGUUGAAUUUUUAGGUCACGUGGGUGGAAUUGGAAUUGAUAUGGAGAUAUCUAAAAAUUUUCAGCGCAUACUACAAAAGCAAGGCUUUAAGUUUAAACUAAAUACAAAAGUUACUGGUGCCACCAAGAGAUCAGAUGGGAAAAUUGACGUGUCGGUGGAAGCUGCUUCUGGAGGUAAAGCUGAAGUUAUCCCUUGUGAUGUGCUCUUGGUGUGCAUUGGCCGACGGCCUUUUACUCAGAAUUUGGGACUAGAAGAGCUUGGAAUUGAACUAGAUCCCAGAGGUAGAAUUCCAGUCAAUACCAGAUUCCAAACUAAAAUUCCAAAUAUCUAUGCUAUUGGGGAUGUGGUUGCUGGUCCAAUGUUGGCUCACAAAGCAGAAGAUGAAGGCAUCAUCUGUGUUGAAGGAAUGGCUGGCGGUGCUGUGCACAUCGACUAUAAUUGUGUGCCUUCAGUGAUUUACACACACCCGGAGGUUGCUUGGGUUGGCAAAUCAGAAGAGCAGUUGAAAGAAGAGGGUAUUGAGUACAAAGUUGGCAAAUUCCCAUUUGCUGCAAACAGCAGAGCUAAAACAAACGCUGACACAGAUGGCAUGGUGAAGAUUCUUGGACAGAAAUCAACAGACAGAGUGCUGGGGGCACACAUUCUGGGCCCGGGUGCUGGAGAGAUGGUGAAUGAAGCUGCCCUGGCUCUGGAGUACGGAGCUUCCUGUGAAGAUAUAGCCAGAGUCUGCCAUGCACAUCCGACCUUGUCAGAGGCUUUCAGAGAAGCAAACCUGGCUGCGUCCUUCGGCAAACCAAUCAACUUUUAAUUAGAAGAUGGCUUUCCUAAGUUCUGGAAGUUUUUGUCAAGGUUACAUUUUUGAACAGGAUAAUCUCCCAGUUCCAAGAAUUUGUAGGAUGAAACUAUGAAACUUCUGGAAUGUAUUUAGUAGGUUAAACAGAAUGGAAUAACCUUGUCCUAUAUUUUAAAUUUGUCCAGUGCAUUAUUGUGGGCAGAGAGCUACAUGCAGUAGCAUCCUGGGAAAGUUUGACCAGUGUUUUUGUGUUGUCUGUGAGAUUCGACUUCACUGAAUUGGCAUUCAUGAGUUUUAUCUCUGAUUCAGUGGAGGUGAAUCUGUUCACAGGAAGGAGCUGGAGAAUUCAUGUGAAUAGCCUGAAGAAAACUGACCAAGUGAAAUUUGGUUUUCAUAUUGGAAACGAGUCAGUGAUUAGAACAAGAUUCAAAUAUGUACAAACAACUUAUGUAAAUAAAAUUGAUUGUCUCUCAUUUUAUUUAACUCUCAAAUCCCUGGUAGUUUAGAGGUAAUGAAAAUUACAUGUUUCAACAUUGAGGUUGUAGUUGUAGUAAGGCCUAUAAGUUAAAGGGUAUUCACUUGCCCAAAUGAAGAUUCUGUCUACAAAACUAUUAAAUGGAGCUUGAUUAUACCAGGGAAUGAAGAUACCAAAAUAAACAUGUCUUAAAUAUUUAUUUACUGGUUAUUCUGAGUGCAUAUUAAAAUGGUUCUAAUUCUUUUAA